AACAAAAAUGGCGGCGAAACUGCAGAUCGGCGAUCUUGUUUGGGCCAAGAUGAAAAGUUUCCCGGCUUGGCCUGGAAAGAUUGUUGAAAGUAACCCAGACAUAAAGAAGCCAAAGAAUGUAAAAAACCAGCACUUUAUAUUCUUCUUUGGAUCAGAGAAUUUUGCCUGGAUUCCAUUCGAGACUGUGUACCCUUACAUUGGAAACAAGGAGAAGUUUUUGCUGACUACAAGAAUACCUCGCGGGUUCAAGGAGGCAAUUGAUGCGAUAGAAGAUGCCAUUAAAAAUAUGCCAGAGGAGGCUAUGGCCGACUACCAGCAGAGAAUGUCUAGGCCCGACCCCGUGCCUGAGGAACUGAACAACAGUGUUGAAAGUGCUGACUCAGACAGUCCCGACAAACCAAAGAGAAAGAAACGUUCUAGAGAGUCUGACAGAGGGACAGAGGAUGGCACACCUAAAAAGACACCAAGACUAAAAUCAAAAUCCCCACCAGAUUCAUCAGGGAAAAAGGUGCGGCCUGUAAAAAGCCUCACCCCCUCAGAGAAGAUCCUCAAGCGGGCCAAGAUGACCGCCUCCUCAUCACCAUCACAAAACAUCUUCUCAUCAUUCAGCGCCAAAAAGUCACCAGGGAAAAUACGGGAGAGAAAACUACCAGAACUCAGGGUGAGUGAGAGUGACCUGUCAUAUGACCCUAGCCUGGGGGCUCCAGGGAUGCCCCUGUCCUCUGGCAGUCUGGCGAGUGAGGCGGGUGGUACCCCAAGCCAGGUGAAGUCGGUCAUCCCCACCCCCAUGAGGAUCGGGUUCCUGGGGCUGGGCAUUAUGGGGCAGGGAAUGGUGAUGAAUCUAUUGAGGUCGGGACACGAAGUCACUGUCUGGAACAGGACUGCUCAGAAGUGUCGGGACUUUGUGAAAGCAGGGGCAUUGAAAGGGAACUCACCAUGCGAGGUUGUACAACAGUGUGACAUAACGUUUUGCUGCGUCGCAGACACCACUGCUGUCAAGGAUAUAGUUUUCACGACAAACACAGGAGUGUUACACGGAAUCACGGCAGGGAAAUGCUUUGUGGAAAUGUCCACAAUAGACGAGGAAACUGUGCAAGAUGUGGCUGAGGCGAUCCAGGCACGAGGGGGAGUAUACCUGGAGGCCCCGGUGGUUGGUUCCCGUGUUCCUGCUCUCGAAGGACAGCUCACCAUUCUUGCAUCCGGGGACCGGAAACUCUUUGAUGACUGCUUCUCAUGUUUCGAGGCUAUAGGAAAGAAGUCUUUGUAUCUCGGUUCUGACCCGGGAGCAGCGACACGUAUGAAGCUGAUCAUAAACAUGGUAAUGGGUACAGUUGUUGCAUCGCUGGCCGAGGGCAUGGCAAUGGCAGAGAAGGUUGGCCUUGACCUUGAGGACGUCGCCGAGGUGCUCAGUCUCGGUUCCCUCCGGUGCCCAGCCAUCAUACACAAGAGUCAAGCGAUCCUGAACCAGAAGUAUGAUCCCCACUUCCCGCUUCAGCACCAACAGAAGGACCUCCGUCUCGCUCUCCAGCUCGGUGACAAGGUGGAACAACCGCUCUACAUCGCAGCAGCAGCCAACGAGUUGUACAAGAAGGCACGAAGACUUGGGUAUGGAGAGAGUGACAUUUCUGCAGUGUUCCGAGCUGCAAGUAACUGACAAUACUGAUUCUUGUUCAAGUGUUUGUGUUUUACCAUGUGUAGGAGAUGGAGAAAUAGUUCUGCUGAAUGGGUACAUAGCCUGCAUGCUAAGUUGUGGCUUCAUUGGAAUGUUGGCAACUUCAAUUGAUAUGUGUAGUGUUUACAGACGAAGAUGAACUUAUUCCCUGAGAAAAUCAGGACUGUUUUGAAGAAUGUACGGAAUGAGCAGAAUGGUAAGGAUUGUGCCAAGAAAGUACUGUACACAAAAGCUGACCAGUACAGAUGUGCUGGUGUGCCAGAUCUGGAAACUCAACCUGAAAUACAGAUCAAAUUUUAGAGAAAUUGUUAAACUUUCCCAUUGCAACCAAUGGGAAAGGGUUAAUCUUCCAUUGUAACAUAAUGGGAAUAUUUGUCAGUCAGUUAUGUGUCUAUUUUUUUGUGUUUUUGUUUUUCAAGGCAAAAAGUUGAGGUAUUCAAUUUAAUAGCUUAAAAAACGUUUUAACCUUGGCCAUGAAUCAAAAACAGUUCCAAUAUAUUCACAUAAACUUGCACAUGGGACAUUAUGCAUGUGUGUAGCAAGUUUCAUAACUGAAUCUUCAAUAAUGGUAAACAAAUUUAUUCCCCUUUUAGACAAAAACACCCAGACUGGCAUUGGGACUGGCUUGCAGUUCUCUUGUUUUGAUCCUGGUGACAGGUGUUAUCUCGUAACCAAUGGCAGCAUGUAGAACAAAUCUUCUCAUGAUUGUGUUGUAUUAGGACAUAUAAAAUUAUAUGUAAUCACAUAAACGGAUACCAUUUAUACAAAAUUUCUUAUUGCUAGCGUAUCAUUUCCAUCACAGACAUGUUUUCAUUUGGAUUGGAUAUUGUUAACCUCUCCUAACAUGUUUGAUUUGUUUUUAUUUACACUUAUGUCUAUGAUCAGUGUUUAUUGAAAUGUUUGCACAUAAUGAAAAAUAAGUCAAAUUAUGAAAUUGUUUAGUUAGGUGAUUAUCUAACCAUGCCAACACCAACAGUAACAGCAAUCAUAGACAUAAUUUUGUGCACCGGGCAAGUGGUUGACAAAAUGUAUCAUAAUUGUGUUGAUUGAAAAUGUUGUGUUUUGUGUGAAAUUUUAUGGUAUGACAAGUUUAUGAUACCAAUGUAACCAUUAUAGUUGAAUUAACUACUCCACGGACCAAUUAUAUAUGUUUGAAGUUGGCAUUGGACAGUGUUGAUGAAUAUGUGACAUCACCAGAUUUUUGGCACAAAGUUAGAUGCAGUGAUUUGAAAAGAACACAUUGUUGCACUCAAUAAAUUAAACUAUAAUGUAAGUUAAAUAUACAUUUUUGCCAAAAAAUUGACUUUGGGCCGAUCAUUCUGUGAGUCUUGAGUUGUAAAAAUUGCAAAUGGUGAGUAAAAGAAAAUUUUGGUACAUAAACAUGUAUAUAAUUAUUCAUUUUUCCAUUGACUGCAUAAAUGCAGGGAGUUAUACUGCAGCACUGUGUGGAAACUUUCAACAUCACAUCAUGCAAGUUGUGUGUUCACUUCGCUAGGUAGGAGUAUAAUUAUAAAAUCUAUGGUCUUGAAAUUUGAGAAAUGCAUCUUAAGUUUAUUAGCCCUUACUUGGGAUUAAAUGCAUAGAAUUUUUUUUUUAAUUUGCUGUAGAGCAAUUUGAAAAUCAGAGUUCAUUGAUAUCUUGAUGUUUGUGUUAAAAGUGCAGAAAAAUAUGAACAAAACCAUGUUUUACUGUAUUUCACAUUUUAUCAUGUCAUUUUAUCUGCAGGGCAGACCCAUAUGAUCAUGCUCUGACUUUUAAUAUUUUAAAUUCUUGAAAUCUUUUUAAUUUCGGCUUACAGUACUGUUGAGAUCUCUUGUUUUUUCAGUGAAAUACCAAAACACAAUGAAAAAUUAUUUUGUUGUCGAUUUUCAAGAAAUUGACAUUUUUUGUUCACGAUUUAUUUUUGUGUUGUCUUAACUCUGCAAUAAAUAUGUAUCCUUUGAUAUAUUGCAUUUCAAGACUCUGUAUUAUUUCACUAGAUUUCACAUUGUAUGUACCAUUUUACAUUUAGUUGUUUAGAGAAAUUAGCUGUACAGUCAAUGUUAAGAAUAAAACAUUUUUAAUAUAAUA